AUGAACGCUUUCGAUAUUGCUGAAAAAUUUCUGGCCGUCGGAUUUUGUGCAACUUGUUUAACCAGUUUCUUCUUUAUCUAUUUAACGCUAUUUCAUAUCAAAAAAGUGACCGGUACCUAUAAGAAAAUGGUUAUUUUCUUUGCUGGUUGGGGAGUUUUCUUUUCUGGAUGGGAGCUCAUUGCAAGACCAUUCGCCCACAAUUACAACAAUGCGGUGAUUGUAAUGAGUGUGAAUACUUGGAUCCCAUCGCAUUGCUUGCUUCAAAUACUUUCUGCGCUCUGGAUUUUGUUCUACCUGGCGAUUAUCUGCUUGAUUGCUGUACAAUUUGUGUAUCGAUACUUGUGCCUGUUUGAUCCAAAAAAGUCCGAAAAGUUUGAUGGUUACGGAUUUAUUGCAUGGAUUUCGUACCCGUUUCUUGCACCAUCUGUUCAUUGUAUAUCGUUUUUCUUUUUUGUGGAUAAAGAUGAAAAAUCUGAUGAAUACGUGCGCCAAGAGAUGCUGGACGUCUACAAUAUUACUAUUGAAACUGCGCCUAAAUUUGUAAUAAUUCCAUAUGGUUUUGAUAAUUCGUUGAACUGGAAAGGAAUUUAUUUUUUAUCAACUGGAAUUUUCUUAGUAUUCUUUCACUAUUUUGUUAUCUUGUAUUGUGGGAUCAAAAUGCAUUUUAACAUGAAAAGCAAGCUUCUCCAAUUUUCCGAAAACCAUGGAAAACUUCAAAAGCAGUUAUUCAAAGCACUAGUUGCUCAAAGCCUGGUACCCACGCUACUUCUUGUAAUGCCAGCUGCACCAGUCAUUGUUAGUCCGAUAAUUGCACCCUUUAUCAAUAAAUUUGGUAUCCAGCUCAGUUUGCAAACUGGUUGGAUGUACGCAAUAUUUGAUUUCUAUCCUCCAAUCGAUUACAUUGUUUUUAUGAUGAUUGUGACGGAAUACAAGGUUUUAAUAAGGAAAAUGCUCUCAAAAACCAAAGUUCAGCCAUUGGUGGUGGUCAGUAUCCAGAAUCCACCAUUGACAGUUGGUUUUAACACUGCGUCAGGACCAACUUGA